AUGGGUCGUUCGGUGUUAUGCGAAUCGUUCGUGGAGGAUUAUUUGCGGCAGCUGAGCCGAAAGGCAGGGGUGUGCAUGGGACUGCUGAUCGGACAACCAUCUGCUGGAGGAAAGGAUUACAUUGUUCACGCUAGUCGCAUCACGGGCCAAGAUGAAGAGGAAAGUGAUGAAUCACAAAAGCUGAACGCGACCGUUGCAUCCCAGCAGGCGCUGGAUGCAACUCGAAUGCUUCCGGGCGGAAUGUACGUGAUGGGUAUCUUUGUCAUUCAUCCGAAAAAUGUAUUCCAAGAGCAAACGCUGCUGGCAUCAGUUAAAUUCAUAUUAAUGAGCAUGAAGGCCACCUUCGAUGCGAACCCGCUGCUCAUGGGCACGUGCGAAGAGUUUGAGAAAAGUGAGAAGCUUGUGCUUUACUACUCGUCCAGCAGCAAAACCCAGCUCUGCAAAACGGUCUCGUUGGCGGCAGAGAAUCCUACCGUACUUCCGUGCGAAUGGAAGUUUGUCGAGCGUCUUACAACCUGGCACAAGCUGAACGUGUUCUUCGAGACAGACGACGUGUACCCGUUGAAGCAAACAAGUGACCAAGAAUUGCACGACACCGAAACUAGCCUGACAAAAUGUGCGAAGAAGUUGAAAGAACAACUGAUGGAUGCAAAAAUUCUUUUCGAUGGAGCCCCAAAACUAGGCGCCGAUACCGUGGAAGGUGUGCUGACCAUGAAGAAUCAGGAUAAAUUUCUCGCAAAUGUUUAUCUACCAACGCCUACCGAACUAUCCGCCAGCGAUGCAAAAAUAGAGCAUUUCGAGGGCACGUUGAAAUUUGACGGGAUUGUUAGCUCGCAGAUAUUUAUCCACUCGCGGUGCACUUUCAGCGAAGCGGAACGUUUCAUCGUCGCCGAUAUCGUGCGUUCGCUUAUGUCGCGCAUUCAAAUCCACUGUGAUUCACUGGUUCAGACUGAAGACACAACGCAGGACAAGAUCACGCUGAACGAGCUGCCUCGUCGCGUCUAUUUUCCGGUGCGCAGCCAGGCUGGCUUUCCGGUACAGUUCAGUGACUAUCUGUUCCCGGAGGAGAGCGUUGAAACGCCGCUAGGACGGAUAAGAGAAAUUCUAGACAUUGGUGUUACUGCGAGAGACCUGAACAGUAAGGUCGAGCUAGUGCCUGUUGUAAAGGAGGACGAACGGCCUACCGAGGAGGCGGUAUGGCAGCGGCCUGCAAACAAGGAAGAUGAUUUCGAAGGGAAAUUAAAUAUUCCGGUAGUCGGUGGAUUGGUAACGGUGAUCGUUUUGCUGAUUGCUUUGUUGGUGUACUAUUUAAUGAAAUAA